AUGGUUGCGGAAGCUAAAGAAUGUUGGGUUACAUGGGACUGUAAAGGUCAAGAUCUUUGUCGGGCGGAUUGCGAAAAGAAUUACGGCGGGAUAGGAGUUUGUGAUUUUUACACAGCUCCCCUCGUUCCGAAGCAGUGCUUUUGCGAUUAUAAUUGUUGA